AUGUUCAGUCGGCGCAAAAGGAGUCGGAGCUCAACUCGGCGUCAGCCGCUGUCCGGGCCGCCUCCGUCUCAAUCCGCUCAAACUGCUGCCAGCCAUGCGUUUCUCAACUCCAAUCCUGGCUCCAAUCUGUCUUCUGCAGCAGCGGCCGCUGCCUUGCGCUCUAUGACACCCACCCCAACACCAGUUGAGAAUGUUCAGACCAGGCGGAUGGCCCAGCGGCAGGGGUUGGCACCGUCGCCACCCAAUGUACCUACCAGUCGUCGAUCCGCCAGUGUAAGCACGCCGCUCCGUCGAUCGAACAGCUCAAGCUCUAUGACAGCAAGAACAUUCCGAGAAAACUCCCCGCAUCGGCCAUCGACCAGCUCCGGGCCGACCGAUCGGCGUCAUGUCCCGGUCGACGUGCCUCCACUGCCCUCUGUGCCGGCCAAAUUUGCAUCUCAGUCGGGUUCCAGCCGUCGUUCUGUUUCCAUGGACCCAUUGACAAGAUCUUCCACCGUCUCCUCGAACCCAGCCGCCUUGGCCGCCUCUGCCGCUUCUCCCCGACGACUUCGAGUGCAGACGGACCAAGGCCCACCCAGCAGCCCGUCAAGUCAACACUCAACGCAUAAUCGUAGGGUCAGUCUUGGGGCACUAUCGGAAAUAGAUCGGCCGAGCAGUCGAAAUUCCAUCAAUUUUUCUUACCCACGGGGUUCACGGCCGACUUCACCAACACCGACAUCACCCACGCAAAGCUUCUCCAGCUCCGGCUCCAGUAUCAAGCCCAUCCGCGAAAAGCCGAAGAGCGCACCUGCCGCGCAGGAUGCCGUCCGUGAUAGGCCGAGCCUGCCAACUUCUGAGCUAUCGACUGGAAACCAAGGCGGUUCUCAGGCAACCACAUCGUCAAGUCGGCCGGAGGAAAUUGCUGCCGGUGCUUCCAGUCCCGCCACACAGCCUUCAUACACUCACUCCAAUGGUUCUGUGAAACAGGCGGAACGUGUUGACCAGGCUAUGGCAACCCCAAUCACGCAGAAACAGCACCCUCAGCAGUCGAUACCAUCGUUUGACACAGGUUUCGAGAACCCACAACCACACCCCUCCCCCCGGGCUGUGCUUGUCCGCAUGCCAUCGACGGUAAAGGAGGAAACCGAGCCAAGAGAUGACGAGGCCGAUCCGUUCAUCACAAAUGGAACUGAUUCUCUCCAUCAGACAGCACCCGUGCCUAGCGCGCAGAAACAGUCUCAAUCGAUGCAGAAGUCGUCCCCUCCAUCUUCACCAAAUGCUCCUCGCGAUAGUUCCCUCCACUCGGACGAUGUUAUCAAGGAAUCGCACAGUCCUGGCAGAUCAGCACGCUUCUCGACAUACCUCCCCGUGGCGACUGCCGGUACCCAGCUCCAUGAGCCACCUCCACGGUCCGUGUCACCUGGCAAGUCGGCAUUGAAGAAUUCUCGUGGCACAUCCUUGUCCCCAGAUCGAGGCUAUGGCAGUGGCCGCAUAAUUCAGCCGCCGAGCGAAAUAUCAGAUGGCACAUCGAUCGCAUCCGACGAAGGACUAAAGAACAGUAUCAAGAAACGCCCAGGCAAAGUGAGCUUCGAUGAGGAGGCAGAAGUGGUCGGUGUUGCAGCGAGCCCCCCAACGUCACCUGAGGAAUAUACUGCCGACUCCCUGCCAAUCAAAGGCAAAUCACGUAUGAGCUGGCUUGGCGUCGGCAAGAAACGUGCAUCGUCAUCUCAACACGGCACCGGGAGCAAUGAAUAUUAUGAUGUUAUCACUCCUCGACAAGCACUUCCUUCCUUCGGCAGUGUUCGCAGUACCCGCCCGAGCAAUAUACCUACGCCGGCUGCACCUCAAUUCAGCGACAAUGAGUCGUCUAGCUCCUCUGAUGAAGAUGCUGCAGUUUUGAGAUCAUAUUCAGCCAAUCCUCAGCUAAUUUCCGAUGUGGGAACUCAGGCUGAGAGUCAGGCUCGCAAUGUCUCUGCAUUGGAAAAUCUAUCCGUUACUGGAAGCUCUGCGCUGUACCAGCCGGGGCUUGGGUAUAAGCAUGAGGCCAAAACUGACGGUUUGACGGGAUUCCCUCAGAAAUUAUCAUCAUCGACUGGCACGCCUGUCAAGUUUCAUGUCCCACCAGCCAUUGCUAUUGAGCCAGCCACACCACCGGUAGAAACAGAUCAGCCCGGAUUUGGGAGCGCCACAAGCCUGAACCAACGUAAAGUGGUUGAAAGCCACCAGUCCCCCUCUUCAGCUGCGCCCAACGUUCAUGAAUCCGACGAUGAAUCCAGCGACAGUGUCUACAGUGAUGCACCAGAGGAUCUGGACGGCGAUGGGUUUGGAUCGAUCAAUGCUAUCGUUGACAGCCCCUCAGUGCCCCAUUCGCCUGUUUCGCCAACCCAUAAUGAUGCCGAAAGGUCAGCUGUUAGAAGAGACAUUGCCGCAGAUGAGCGACUGCAAGAUGCCUCUUACUACAUGCAGGACCAGAAUCGGCCGGUUACCCCGACGCAGAGUUCGGGGCAAAGCCAGAUGAAGGAUUCCCCCGCCAAUCAUACCUCUUCAGGGUUAAAUCAUACGGGUCCGCUGCAAGCAGCCAAAAGAUUGGAGCCGUUCUCUUCAGCCCAGAAUGCCCUUCCUGAGGGUGCUCUCGAAAAGCCAUCUCGACCUGUGUCUGGUGUCAGUGCCGCUAAAUCUCAAGUCAAAAGUACCUACGCCAAGGCCACUAACGGCGGAGCGGCCACCCAAAGGCCUGCAUCUCUUGGACCAGCUUUCCAAAUGAAAAAGCAAACUGGGAGCAUGGGCAGUCGAGUUUCCAUGCACCGCACCAUGUCCAACGGCAGUGACUCGUCGAGCAGCUUCAAGCGUGGCAAAUCCGGUGCACGAAGUGAUGGCGCGUUUGCAAUGAGACGGACCAUGAGAGGCAGUGCCAUGCGACCUCAAGAAUCACCUAGCGUUGUGCGGCCAGAGUCUCCGGACGACUGGCGACCUACCUCUUCUCAAUCGGGCAACGGCACCAUGCGAAAGUCUUUACGUGGUCCCGGAACAGCGAGUGAAAAAACGUCGUUCUUCUCGACGAACAACAAGGGCGCUCGUGGCAAAUCCUCAAGAGGGGGCCCAGCGCCAAAGUCUUUGCGCAGAUCGCGGUUUGUCGAUUCAGAUGACGAGGCAGAUGCCGCUCCGUCUCAUACUUUCCGCAGCCGAUUUGCCGAUUCAAGCGACGAAGACGAGCCGGUCAACAACACAAUGCGGCCCGUUCGUGGAAUUCCGCGCCGACAAGACAUGAGAGACGGUGACUCUACCGAUCUUGAGGACAGCUCCGAGGACGAGCGUCGGCCGCAGGUGCCAGUGGUACGUGUGCAAAAGCCAAGCCCCGCGGUACCCUCGACACGCGACAAGGCUGCUCCAAACAUGUCGGGUCUCGCUGCCGUGGCUAAGCAGCGGGGCCUGAGUCAAAGAGAAUUGGAGGAGUUUAUGAUGUCAUCUUCUCGAAGCCGGAAGCCCGGUUUCCUGACUCGCAUCGGCUUGAAGAAGUCGAAGCACCCAGAAAAUCGCGUUCUUGGGGCGGGCACGGCAGACCCCACUCAUGGAGAGGCACCACUGGGGCGAACGCGAUUGAAACGCGAGCCUGCUCGCGUUAACUCGUAUAAUGAUGUCACGAAUGGCAACCAGGCCCGCAAGACCACCGAGGCGGCUGAAAGACAAGAACCAAGUGCAUCGCCGCGGCCCACCCGGCGACUAUCCAAGCGACACACCACAGACGGAAGCCAAUGGCCACUGCCUGUUGAUCCAAAGUCUCCAUUACCUGGUCCAGUGCUAGCUCACAGUCAAAGCCACUCUGUAGUACCCCCUCCGGAGACAGUGGCUGAGGGGAACGGGCAACCCCUGGCUAAGGUUGGCGAUAGAUCCGGCACGAUUCCGUCAAUCCAGGAAGAGUCGGAACCUGCCCAGCUCAAUGGAGUCGGCCCGGAGCUUGACAGUCGAGGUGCACAAGUACCAGAUCCAGCUAUGACAGAACAGAAUGGCCCAUCAGCUCGAGACGUGGUGAUCAGUGGUUCUGGGCGUAAGAAGCGAUUCCCUUUCAUACGCAAAGCCUUUGGUCUGCGUGGAUAA